GGUUCGGUUCGGUACCUCGUUCAGUAUAGCUCGCGACAGUCGGCCGAAAAGGUAGCCAAUCAUUAAGAGAACAACUUUGGAGACUUGAGUGGCGACGCGAAGCCGUUCCGUUCGGUACAUCCAAAGACCUUGAUUAAAACUGUUUGAAGAGGAGAAGGUAGCUUCGGGAGGGAUUUCCCUACGGUAGUGAGUGAUUCACCAAUGUUUUGGCUUGACGACCCGCAGUGAAUCGAGUUGGGGUUUUAAUCGGUGGAAGAGCCUCAUAUAUGAGAUUUAAGGGGUUCUCUAAGUGAUUCCCAGUGACUUAAGUCCAGUGAUAGUGAUGAACAAAGUUGACUACGAGUGAAGAACCAAAUUAGCAAAUCAGCUGCAGCUAAGCCCGCAUAAUUAAAGUGAAUUUCUGAUUACCAGAACCGGUAUAGUUGGUUGAAUUCGUUCUCAGAACGUAAACAGCUUUUCAGUUAGUUUUCAACUUUUUUUUCAACAAUAUGAACUCCAGUUAGCAGCUUCUUCUAUUAGUUAAAAAAAGAGAAUUUUAAGUCUGACACCAUCACUAGUCAACAUUUCCAACGAUGAGUGGAAUCCAGAACGAGGCCUUCGACCACGAAGGGAAUGGCCUACAGCUAACACACCGCAAAAGUGGCACUAUCGUAAACACUGAGAAUGGCAACACUGCGGACACCGCCUCCCUGCCCUCCAACUCCAAACGAACCUUCUACGACAAACUGGGCGACCUGGUGGACAAAUACAAAGCCCAAAUCCGGAUAGCGUGGCUAGUGACACUGAAUGCGCUGGUCAUCAUUUUCUUCGGAUUCGCCACUAAUCACUAUCUCGAAAAGGAGGAAACAUGUCUUACGGGAUGUGGAAUGCAGUGGUGCAGCGGUUACGGAAUGCUGGUCCUGCUGUUGGGUUUCGUCUAUCUGGGUCUGGUGUACUUCCAUAUCGUGAAGCCCCUGCUCCGAAAGCCCUUCAAGUCGAACGUGGUUAAACCGUUGAGCCGAACGCUGGGAAACUUCUUCAGCAAUUUGUGGGCUAAACUUGGGGCAUGUGGAGUGAUACUGGUAGCCUUCGCCAUAUUCUGCUUCAUCGAAACUAAAGAUGAACCGGAAAGGCUCAUGUCUCUGGUCGGAAUGGCAACCCUGUUCAUACUGGCAUUCAUCUGUUCCAAACAUCCCACGAGAAUCAACUACCGCCCCGUGGUCCUCGGAGUGACCUUCCAGUUUCUGCUUGGACUGUUCUGCAUCCGGUGGGAGGUCGGCCGCAGCAUUUUCGAGUGCAUCGGGGACAAAGUGGCCACCUUCCUGAAUUACUCCGCCGACGGAGCAUCGUUCGUGUACGGGAACUUCAUAGUCCGCCAGGAGGGCGUAUUCGCGUUCGCCGUCCUGUCCGUGAUCUACUUCUUCAGUUUCUUCAUCUCGAUCCUGUACUACCUCGGAGCGAUGCAGUGGGUCGUCCUCAAGCUCGGCUGGAUCCUACAAGCGCUGCUCGGAACCACAGUCUGCGAGAGCGUCAUUGCCGCGGCCAACAUUUUCCUCGGGAUGAGCGAGUCGCCGCUGUUGAUCCGGCCUUACAUCAAGGACCUGACGCACUCGGAAGUGCACUCGAUCAUGACAUCGGGUUUUGCGACCGUGUCCGGAACCGUACUGGCGGCGUACAUUUCGUUCGGAGCGGAACCGGCCCACCUGAUUACGGCCAGUGUGAUGGCCGCGCCGGCUGCUCUCUGCUUCGCUAAGCUGAUCUAUCCGGAAACUGAGCAGAGCAAAACGCGAUCGGAUAACAUCCAGAUGGAGGAAUCUCCCGAUUCCUCCGUGCUGGACGCGGCCGCCAACGGCGCAAACACCGCAACGGCCCUGGUCCUCGGCAUCAUCGCCAACCUGAUCGCGUUCGUGUCGUUCAUCGCGUUCCUCAACGGCGUCCUCGGCUGGCUCGGAUCCCUGGUAGGUCUCGAGGACAUCAGCCUGGAGAACAUCUUCGGCACCAUCUUCCGGCCGCUGGCCUUCGUGAUGGGCGUCCCGUGGGACGAAAGCUACUACGUGGGCAAGCUGAUCGGAACCAAAACCAUCGUGAACGAGUUCGUCGCCUACCAGCGGCUCGGAGAGUUCAUCACGGCGAAGGUGCUUUCGCCGCGAUCGUCGGCCAUCGCAACGUACGCCAUCUGCGGGUUUGCCAACCCCAGCUCGAUGGGCAUCAUGAUCGGAACGUUGAGCGCGAUGGUUCCGGAGAAGCGCAGCAUGAUCACGUCGGUGGCGUUCCGGGCGUUCAUCACCGGGUCGAUCGUGUGCUUUAUGACGGCGAGUAUUGGAGGAUUACUCAUGGACGCGAAGAUUUUCAACAACUUUGGGAAAUCGAUUGUUCAGGAGGCUCUCAACUCGACAAUGGUUUAAGUUGUUGCUAGUGUAACUUUUAAGAACAAAUUGUAAAUUAAGAACAAAUAAAAAAUGCCAUAAUAAAAUACUCUACUUUAAAACAUA